CACGUAACACGGAGAAGGCAACAGGCACUGGGCUGCACAUCAAACAUUUUUCAUACUGCAGUGAAAUGAGGGUAAAAUGGGAGCCAAAGAGUCAAGGAUAGGCUUCCUUUCUUACGACGAGGCCGUCAAAAGAGUCACUGAUGUGGAGCUCAAACGGCUGAAGGAUGCCUUCAAGAGGACCAGCGGCGUGUCCUACUACAUGACCCAGCAGUGCUUCUACAGGGAAGUGCUGGGAGAUGGGGUCCCACCCAAGGUGGCAGAGGUGAUCUACACCUCGUUCGGUGGCACCUCCAAAGGGCUCCACUUCAACAACCUCAUCGUUGGGCUGGUCCUGCUCACUCGAGGCCGAGAUGAGGAGAAAGCCAAAUACAUCUUCAGCCUGUUUGCCAGUGACUCGGGCAGCUACAUCACGCGGGACGAUGUGGAGAGCAUGCUGCGCGCUGUGGAUGGCCAAGUCCCGCCUUCGCUCAGGAAGUGCUUCGCAGAGGGAGAGAAAGUCCAUUACGAGCGCUUCAGGAACUGGCUGCUCCAGAACAAAGAGGCUUUCACCUUCUCACGCUGGCUACUGUCCGCAGGCGUGUGCGUCACCCUGACCGACGACAGCGACACGCCCACCUUCUACCAGACCCUAGCCGGGGUCACACACUUAGAAGAAUCGGACAUCAUCGAUUUGGAGAAGCGCUACUGGCUACUGAAGGCUCAAUCGCGGACGGGUCGCUUCGACUUGGAAACCUUUGUCCCUCUGGUCUCACCUCCCAUCCACGCGUCGCUCGGCGAAGGCCUGUUCCACGCCUUUGAUGAGAACCGGGACAAUCACAUCGACUUCAAGGAGAUCUCGUGCGGCCUGUCUGCCUGCUGCAGAGGGCCCGUGGCCGAGAGACAGAAGUUCUGUUUCAAGGUGUUUGAUGUGGACCGCGAUGGCGUCCUGUCCAGACAGGAGGUCCACGAGAUGGUGGUGGCCCUACUGGAGGUGUGGAAGGACAACCGCACGGACACCCUGCCUGAGCUGCUCGCCAACGUGUCAGACAUAGUCGAGGGCAUCCUGAAGAUGCACGACACCACCAAGAUGGGCCACUUGACCCUGGAGGACUAUCAGAUCUGGAGUGUGAAAAGCGCCCUCGCCAAUGAGUUCCUCAACCUGCUGUUUCAGGUGUGUCAUAUAGUGCUGGGUCUGAGACCGGCCGCACCUGAGGAGGAGGGCCAGAUCAUCAGGGGCUGGCUGGAGAGGGAGAGCAGGCACGGCCUGCAGGCGGGACAGAACUGGUUCCUCAUCUCCAUGCAGUGGUGGCAGCAGUGGAAGGACUACGUCAAAUAUGACAACAGGGCCAUUGUGGUGGAGCAGCCGUCCAUCCUGGGCGCGGGCAGGAGGAGCCCCCAGUCCAGCGCCAGCGCCGAGCCCGCCUCCACGCCCACCUCGCGGGCGGGCUACAGCAACGGCGGCGGCGGCGUCACCCGCUCCUCCAGCUCCUCGGAGGACAAGUCAUCCGACAACAUCUCCAGCGCGUCGGAGGCCGCCGAGAGCCCCAACACUAGUCUCAUCCCGCACAUGAGCUCGUCGGCCACGGAGCUGUGCUUCGCGCGUCAGCACAACGCGUCGGACAACAACAACCAGUGCUUCUCCAGCGCCAACGGGCACCUGCCCACCCACCUCACCUCACAGAGACCCGGCGCCAUCGACAACCAGCCGCUCGUCCUCACCGAGCCCAUGAAGGCUCCAACACUCACCAUGGAGGGUGGGCGGCUCAAGAGAUCCCCGCCGCUGACCGUGGGCCGGGACUUUGAGACCGUUCCAGAGCCCGUGUGGAGAGCGCUCUACCACUGGUACGGUGCCAACCUCAGCCUGCCACGACCGGUCAUCCAGCACACCAAGACGGGUCAGCCGGAGCUGGAGCUCUUCCCCCGCUACCUGCUCUUCCUGCGGCAGCAGCCGGCCACGCGCACCCCCCAGUCCAACAUCUGGGUCAACAUGGGUAUGACCAGCCUGCGCAUGUUCCCCGAGCACAUCCCCCGAGGUAACGUGCCGUCCCCUAAUGCCCCCCUGAAGCGGGUGCUGGCCUACACGGGCUGCUUCAGCCGGAUGGGCACCAUCAAGGACAUCCACGAGUACCUGUCUCAGCGGCUGCGCAUCAAGGACGAGGACAUGCGGCUCUGGCUGUACAACAGCGAGAAUUACCUCACUCUCUUGGACGACGAGGAUCACACACUGGAAAGUCUGAAGAUUCAAGACGAGCAGCACUUAGUAAUUGAAGUUCGAAACAAAGAUAUGAGCUGGCCAGAGGAAAUGUCGUUCAUUGCCAACAGCAGUAAAAUCGACCGCCACAAAGUCCCCACAGAGAAGGGUGCCACGGGCCUGAGUAACCUGGGCAACACGUGCUUCAUGAACUCCAGCAUCCAGUGUGUGAGCAACACCAAGCCCCUCACGGACUACUUCAUCUCAGGGAGGCACCUCUACGAGCUCAACAGGACCAAUCCCAUUGGAAUGCGCGGUCACAUGGCCAAGUGCUACGGGGAUUUGGUGCAGGAGCUGUGGAGUGGAACGCAGAAGAAUGUGGCGCCCCUAAAGCUCAGGUGGACGAUAGCGAAGUACGCUCCGCGCUUCAACGGCUUCCAGCAGCAGGACUCCCAGGAGCUGCUGGCCUUCCUGCUGGACGGCCUGCACGAGGACCUCAACCGCGUCCACGAGAAGCCCUACGUGGAGCUCAAGGACAGCGACAUGCGGCCCGACUGCGAGGUGGCCACAGAGGCGUGGGAUAACCAUCUGAGGAGGAACCGCUCCAUCGUGGUGGACCUGUUCCACGGUCAGCUCAAGUCCCAGGUCAAGUGUAAGACGUGCGGCCACAUCAGCGCCCGAUUCGACCCCUUCAACUUCCUGUCCCUGCCGUUGCCCAUGGACAGCUCUAUGCACUUAGAGAUCACAGCGAUCAAGCUGGACGGCUCGACGCCCGUGCGCUACGGCCUGCGCCUCAACAUGGACGAGAAGUACACGGGCCUGAAGAAGCAGCUGAGCGAGCUGUGCGGACUCAAGCCGGAACAGAUCCUGCUGGCCGAGGUCCACAACUCCAACGUCAGGAACUUUCCACAGGACAAUCAGAAGGUGCGCUUGUCUGUGAACGGCUUCCUCUGUGCAUUUGAGAUCCCGGUACCAGGAUCACCUACCUCUGUCACCUCCCCAGCCCAAUCAGAAAGCACACCCACGGCCAACGGGACGGCAGCCAACGGUCACAUUGGGAAACCCAGCCUGAUCCCCAACGGAAUACCAAGCACGGUGGUGCCAUGCUCCCCGGAGAAACCCCUCGCCAAUGGCAUUCCCAACGGCCACGCCGUGCCAGUCCAGGACAGCCCCUUCAUCGGUUACAUCAUCGCUAUGCACAGGAAGAUGAUGCGGACGGAGCUGUACUUCCUGUCCUCCCAGAAGAACCGGCCCAGUCUGUUCGGCAUGCCGCUGAUCGUGCCCUGCACGGUGCACACCAGCAAGAAGGACCUGUACGACGCCGUGUGGAUCCAGGUGUCCCGGCUGGCCAGCCCACUGCCCCCACAGGAGGCCAGCAACCACGCACAGGACUGUGAUGACAGCAUGGGCUACCAGUACCCUUUCACCCUGCGCGUGGUGCAGAAGGAUGGCAACUCCUGCGCCUGGUGCCCCUGGUACAGGUUCUGCCGAGGCUGCAUGGUGGACUGCUGUGAGGACAGGGCCUCCCUGGGGAACGCCUACAUCGCCGUGGACUGGGACCCCACCGCCUUGCACCUCCGCUACCAGACCUCCCAGGAGAGGGUGAGGGAGCAACACCACCUUGCUGUAGUAGUGCAGGGCAUGCUGCAAACGCACUCCACAAAUCACACCUCCAGUGUGUGGAUAGUGGAGGAGCACUCCAGCGUGGAGCAGAGUCGGCGGGCGCAGGCCGAGCCCAUCAGCCUGGACAGCUGUCUGCGGGCGUUCACCAGCGAGGAGGAGCUGGGCGAGGACGAGCUCUACUACUGCUCCAAGUGCAAGACCCACCGGCUGGCCACCAAGAAGCUGGACCUCUGGAGACUGCCUCCCGUCCUGAUAGUACAUUUGAAACGGUUCCAGUUCGUCAACGGCCGCUGGAUCAAGUCCCAGAAGAUCGUGAAGUUCCCCCGGGAGGGCUUCGACCCCAGCGCCUUCCUGGCCCCGCGCGACCUGGAGAGGAGCCUGCGGGAGGAGGCGCUGAGGGUGGUGGUGGGGGCGGGUGGAGACGCACCCUCCUCGGCGGCCAGCGGGACCAUCUGCAGCAUCUCCUCCGUCUCCUCCAGCACCGUCAGCAGCCUGUCCAGCACACCCAAAGCCUCCCCAGCGCUGGCUCGUCGGUCGGGCAGCCCGCUAAAGGGCUCCAGCCCCGCGGGAAGCCCCAAGAGCAGCGGCGGCGGCGGCGGGCGCAAGCAGGGUCGCCUCCGCCUGCCCCAGCUGGGCAGCCGCCACCGGCUCUCCGCCAGCAAGGAGAACCUGGACAGCAGCAGCCUGAACGUGACCAGCGGCAGCGCGGGCAGCGGCACCAGCGGCAGCGUCAAGGAGAGCGGGCCCGAGCCGGACGCGGAGGUGGACGCGGAGGCCUCGGUGCCCCCGGGUGUGACGGCGGCGGUGGCGACAGGCCAGGAGGAAGGGGCGCUGGACUCCUGGUCGGAGGAGGCUUCCGGAAGCGAGACCGACGGCGGGGUCGUGAUGAACGGGCUGGAGGGUGGCCACGGCAACACCAACGGCCACGCAGAGACCAACGCAGAAGUGGAGACCGCUCUUCACCAAAGAGACCAAAUCUGCCUGCAGCCUGUGUACAACUUGUAUGCAAUCUCAUGCCAUUCAGGUAUCAUGGGAGGGGGCCACUAUGUGACUUACGCCAAAAACCCCAAUGAGAAAUGGUACUGUUACAACGACAGCAGCUGCAAGGAGGUGCACUCUGGGGAGAUUGACACGGACUCUGCCUACAUCCUCUUCUACGAGCAGCAGGGAGUGGACUACUCGCAGUUUCUGCCAAAGACUGACGGCAAAAAGAUGGCCGACACCACGAGCAUGGACGAGGACUUUGAGUCGGACUACAAGAAGUACUGCGUCAUUCAGUGAUGGCGCGUUCUUCCACAGAAGCACUUUACGCGUGAGACGCACGCGCCCAGGCAAGGUGCAAGGCUGGCGAGGAGAGCGGGCGCUGCCAAGGUGUCGGGAGUCGCAAGCACAAAGGGUCUCCUUCUUUUUAAGAAUCACAAGCUGAGGUUUUUUUUUCUUCAUUGCUGACCACCAUGUUGGAUAGAGGUACCUUACCGCUUAUUUAGGUGUGCGGCUUUGCAGCGUGUCUGACUGACUGACUGACUGAAUGAAUGAGUGAAAGAGAAAAUGAAAGAAUGAUAUUAUUUUAUGGUUGCCAAGUGAACAAAAGCGCCCCAUUUUUAGCACAAAGUGGACCAACAUGAGCUCACUGUACCACUCACCAUAUAACCCACUCCCCCUUCAGAAAAAUGUGUGAGACACUAUACGCAUAGAUGUACAUGCAUCUAUAUGUAUGGUUGUUGGGAAGGAAGCAUUGACACAUUUACAGGCCAUAGGAACUGAUGUGUCUCUUUAGAAGAAGCCUGCUGUCCGUGCUUUAGAGUGGCACGGCUUGCCAUAACAAGCACACAAUCAGUAUUUUAAUAUCUGUAAAACUAACAGAAAAAGAGUAUCUCAUUCAGUCAUUGGCCAAACCAAAACAUUUUCCAAAGGUUUGCUUUUAUCAGAUGUCAUACCUCACUACCUCAGUUUUCUUUUCAUUAUUUCUUUAUGAAGCAAAUUGUAAUAAGGAAAAGGAUCAGAGUGUCAUACCCAAAUCAGUCACAUUUCUGAAGACUCUUUCUUUUUCUCCUGGGCUCCGUAGGACCAUUAACCUCCCCAAAUCAUGAUGAAUGAAAAUGAAUUACAGUCAUAGUUUUCUGACUCUUUAACUGCCAAUUCCUCAUUUUGUGCUCAGAUGAACCAUAUUGACUCCUGAGGAGAAUUGAUUUGUGGUUAUUUGGCUCGAUAACUCAAGAGGAUUGAGUUUGAAUCUGGCACAGCAUGAGGAUAGGUGCCACACGGAAUACGUCUCAAUGAAACAACAUAAUGUUAUGUUUAAUUUAUUGGUGUUUUUUGUUUAUUUUGGAAUGUUGAUUUUUAGAGUAAUCUAUUUUUAUUUAUGUACCUUUUUUUUAAAAGCACAGGUUUGUUUGUUAGCAAGGGCUUCUUUUUUGUUUUGUUUAUUUUGCUGCAAGGACCGAAGUAAAUACAUAUCAGUCUGCUCUGGCAUUUCACUACUAUGUACAGCUUGGUCAUGUCAUCUCCACUUAAUAGAAUGUCGACGCUUGAACCGAUUUCCCCCCUCCCUUCUUGGCGGAAGUCUCUUUGAUGCCACUGACUAAGAUCUGUAGCCAAAUGCAUUCAAACCUGCUGUUGCUAGAUGUGGAAGAGGGUUUUGCAUUGUCAAGCCAAAGUUUGAUACAAGUUGCCUGGAGAGAUCGGAAUGGCUUGCCCAGAGAGAGGAAGAGACUGUGUCUGACUGGAGAUUUGGUAGAUGUUCUGUGAGACAUCAGAGUUCUCGCUGUAGACCACAGUUGGAAGAUGGAGACUUGUGCCGAAGCGUGGAGAUUGGCGGUAGCAUUUAUUUUGAAACUCUUAAUCUGCAUCACCACUGUGAAGAGAGUGUUGAACAACGAAUAGUUGAAUGUUGUUUUUUGUUGUUGUUUUGCUUUCUGUAUAUUGAUGGUUGUAUGAUUCCAUGAAUCUCCUCUGAGGGGAGGGCAUUAAGCCUCACUGAGCUUGUAGAGAUCAAUGCCCCCCCCCCUUCCCCUGACACACACACACACACACACACACACACACACACACACACACACACACACACACACACACACACACCCCUACAGACACUCACACACACACACACACACACACUGAUUGAAGUGUUUUUGCUGCUCUACUUGUAGGGGUUUCAAAGUCAGAUGAAAGUGCUUAGUCUGUCGUGAAAAACAGGCUUGCAGCCCUGUCUCAAAAUGCAAUGUAUGAAAUGAACCAUAACCGCAGUACUGUAACUUAUUGAUGGUAAUGUUAUGGCAUGUUUCUUUUUUAUUAUUAUUAUUUAACUGUAUCCAUGUCCAACUGUUCAGAGAGCGAGAAACGGUUGUCCAGUAUUUCCGAUCAGCACACUAUUGAAAGGGAGCACCUAGGAAGUCCCUCGCCGUGUCCACAACUUUCACAGGAAAGGGGUUUUCACACGUUCAUUCUCAGGCCUGGCCACGAAGAAGGGUUAUGAUGUCACUAGACCUAGCUGGAUAGGACACUUUCCGUCAGGCUCACCAUUGAGUCGCUCCUAAAUUUACAAACACACUGCACAGACCAAUUUUUAUCUUUAUUGCAUACACUCAAGAGCACACACGCAUAAUUUUCAAAACAGGGAUAAUUUAUUAACAGCUUUCUGGCAGAAGUCUGAUCAGUUGACUGGUAGUGCAAUCUACUACUGAAAUGUAUGUCUUUGUCCUAUUGUAUUUUUUGUCUUGAUUUUUUUUAAUAGAUUAAGUUUGAUGGGUUGGCAGAGCUUUGCUAUUAAUUUAAUGAAUUUUAUUUUGUAAAGUGUUUUGAAGAAUACAAAUGACAUUGCACUGACAUUUAAAGAAAAUGUACAUAAAAGUGUUUUGUAAAUAAAUCUAUACAAAAAAAUAUGUAUUUGACUAUGAACUGUAAAAACUGUACCUGUAGUUGUAUAUGAGGUGAAGCUGUUGAUCUGUAACAAUUAUUCAAGACCAAUUAAAUACAGCAGAAGCAAUCAGAAUCA